AUGCACGAGCGGGAAGCGGAGCGGCUGCUGAAGGCGGAGAGGAGGGCGGCGAGCAGCGCUCGCCAAGUCGCGCCCCCCGCUAGCCCUGCUCAACGCGGCACACAAACACCGCCCUUCUCCGGCAGUGUUGUGUCGCCAUCCGUCAUCGCGCUAUCGACCCCCCUCUCGCCCCCGCACGCGCCCUCACACGAACCACCGCCGCCAGCGCGCCACCUUGCUCCCUUGCACAGCCCCACUCCCGCGCACGCCGCCGCUGACGCCAGCCCGUCGCCUCGUGGCCCGCCUCAUGGCGCGUCGCCCCUCGCGCCUCUCGCACAGCAGGGUGCCGGCGGAGACUCCAAAUCAUCGCCGUCGCGCCACGUGCAGCGCGUGUUCGUGUCGCUCAUCGUGGUCUUCGCCGCGUCGCUGCUGCUCCUCUCGCAGCUCCCCUUCAUCAUCUCCGUGCUGUCCCCCUUUUUGUCGCCGUUCGAUAUAAGCGUGGAGGAGGCGGAGCAGGUGGAGCAGGCGGGGGCGGCGCAGGUGGGCGGCGUGUGGUCGCAGCUGCGGGAGCACCGCGGCAGCCUCGCGCUGCUCUUCCUCACGCGCGGCCCCAUCCCCCUCGCUCCGCUCUGGGAGAAAUUCCUCCGGGUGCGUCGCUGCCUCAUGCGACUCCCCCCUGCGGCCCCCCUCUUCGUGCCUCCCCCCUCGUGCCUCCCCCCUCGUGCCUCCCCCCUCGUGCCUCCCCCCUCGUGCCUCCCCCCUCGUGCCUCCCCCCUCGUGCCUCCCCCCUCGUGCCUCCCCCCUCGUGCCUCCCCAAUCCCUCCUGUACACACUCUCCCUCCCCCUCCCCCCCAAACGUCCCUUUUCACUUCCUCCCCUCCCCCUCUUCCCCUCUCCCCCCUCCACCGACCUGCUUCCCGUCCCCCUCCUUCCCCCCUUCUCCCCGCUCCCCCUCCUCCCCGCAUCCCCCCCCAGGGCCACGAGGGGCGCUAUGCCAUAUACGUGCAUGCGUCCAACACGUCCUUCUCCUUCCCGCCCGGCUCCUCGCCCCUCUUCCGCGGCCGCCUCGUGCCGGGUGGAGAGGUGCGGUGGGGCGAGAUGUCGAUGGUGGAUGCGGAGAGGCGCCUGCUGGAGGCGGCGGUGCAGGACGAGGCCAACAGCUUCUUCGCGCUGCUCAGUGAGAGGUGGGGAGCGAGUGAGAGUGGGGAGCUGAGAGGUGGGGAGCGAGGUGAGAGGUGGGGAGCGAGGUACGCGGACCCCUACAGCACGUCGUUCGGGCGGUACAUCCCGCAUAUCUUCAUGCCCGUCAUCCGCCGCCACCAGUUCCUCAAAGGCAACCAGGUGCGGUGCUGUGCGGCUCACAGGCAACCAGGUGCGGUGCAGUGUGGCUCACAGGCAACCAGGCAGUGGUUCAUCUUGCAGCGGCGGCAUGCGGAGGCGGUGGUGGGGGACACGCUGCACUACGCCAAGCACAACCUCAGCUGCGCCGUCAGUCCACCCCCUUUUUCCCUGCCCCCCUUCGUCUCUGCGUGUUACAGCCUCCUCCGUUCCGCUGCUAUUCUAGAUCAUGCGGGCCGUGACAACCUCUCCCUCACAUGCAUCUUCUGUCGCUGUCCCUUUCGGUUGCAGUGGGGCAAGCUGUGCUGUGCGGAUGAGCAUUACAUUCAAACCUUCUUGCAUGUGGAGGCCCUUUCAUGCAUGCAUCGACCCGCUCAUGCAUCAACCCCCUCAUGCCAUCUCACCCACGCCCCACAUACCAUGGCCCCCCUCCCCCUGCAAUGUCUCCCCUGCCACGCUCCUCCCUGCAUUCUCCCCCCCACACCACGCCAUGGCCUUCCCUGCCAUGCUGCUGCGCAGAUGACAGACCCUCGCGGCAUAUCGCGCUACCCCACCACGUUCACGGACUGGAGUGCCAACGACUGGCACCCCUCACUCUACCUGGGCGCCAACAUGACAGACCAAGUCAUCACCACCAUCAAGACGGCAAGGCAGUUCAUCACCUAUCGCUCUUUCUGGCAGGACUUCAAGUCCAACUACUCCCAUGUGCGUGCCGUUCCCUUGUAUGCGUAUAACCAACCCCUCUGCACCGCAGCCUCCUCUGUCGACUCAAAGCUCGCCUCUCCCGCUCCCCGUCCACCCGUGAGUGGCUCUCCCCACCAGGCGGUGGGCAACGGGCAUUGUGUGCUGGGGGGGGAGCCGCGCAACUGCUUCCUCUUUGCGCGCAAGUUCCACCCCUCCACACUACCCUUCCUCAUGCGCAAGUCCCAGCAGCUCCUCGGCUUCUAG